UCCUGUUCUUGCUCAGAGGUUCGUGAGGUUCGGUUACGAUUUUAUAAUAUUAAUACGGAAAAAUGACUAAUGCGAGAAAGUAUAUAUUUUCAUAAAAAGCUUAUAGAAACUAGUAUAUCCUAGUAUACCAUUACUGUAUGCUAGAUAGCGAUACCCGUAGUUUUUCUAAGACAUAAAGUAACCCUGGAAAAUCGGCCAUCGCAGCUAUUUUCAGCGAUAAUGAAAAUUGUUUUCGACGAGUGAACCCUUUAUACGUAAGUUCUGAGGUUUAUAUCGCACUAACCAACAAAGAAGUGCACAACGUUUCAUAAUACUGAACCAUUGUUAGUUCUGGAGAACGAAAAUGUUGAAUUAGUACAGCAAGCUAUGAGCUCUAUCAACAGAGUAUACAGUAAGGUGGGCAUAAGCACUGAAUCAAGAUUCGACGAUUGCGGCAGUAAUUUGGAUGCAACGAGAAGCAAUUUCGAGUAUGAGAAAAAGAACUUUAGUGCAGAAUAUAAUAGAACUUCACCAAGUAGAAGUCGUUAUGGUAGAACAAUAAAACCCAAGUCUCCUAAAAAUGAGGUUGUCAGUUCACCAAAGAAUUCUAAAAUGUCGAAAGCACGGAAAUAUCAAAAUUCAUCUGACAGCAGUAAUGAAAGCAUGGAUGAGAAUAAUGCAACAAAUGAUAUGGAUGAUACAAGCGAUUCUUCCACCAGUUUAAGUACCAUGGAGGAAUCUGCUCCAAAAAUAAUUGGUCCGUCGAUACAAUGCAGUUGGGUAUUAGGUGAAUUGGCAUGGGCAAGAGUUGGUAAUUUUCCUUUCUGGCCUUGUGUGAUAACACUUGAUCCAAUUUUAAUGAUGUACCACAGGCUAAAAGCUACUGCCAGGUCACAGAUAUUAAUGAUACAUGUACAGUAUUUCGGCGAUAAAGGACGUCACAGUUGGGUAUCUUCAAAUUCCAUGAUACCAUUUACUAAUCUCGAUGACUUUAAAAAAUUGUCAGAAUCGGUAACUACAGAAGUCAAGAAGAGAGAUCCAAAGUAUGCUGCUGCAUUUGUAGUAAAACCUGGAAUAAAAUCGAAGUGGGAAAGCGCGAUAGAAGAAGCUAUGGAGGUUCACUCAAUGAGUAAUGAGGACAGAGCAAAUAUUUUUAAACCAAAAGAAAAAAAUAUAAAGAACAGGUCACCAAAAACAGUAGUCGCAUUAGAUGAGAAAGAUAAGACUAACAAAAGGAAGCAAUUGCAUGAUUUGAGUGGACUUGACGUUAAGCGUGUUAAGCAGGAGAAUGUAAAUGUAUGCGAAACAGAUGGUACAUCGUCUAAAACGCAAAAAUACAUGGAAAAUGGUAAAAGUCAUUCCAAACUUAAUUCUGACACUCCUCCGAUGUCCCCUCUGAGUCAACGGGAUUCUAACGAUGAUGGUUCCGUUAUGCAGAAAGUAGAAUUUAAGGCAGAAGAAGAUGUAGAUGGUGUUUUUGACGUUUUUUAUGAACGAAAUAGAGAUAUGAUGGAAGAUGAAAAUCCUGAUAUAUCAGAAAACGAUAUUAAAGAAUACUUGAAGAAAACUUGGGAUUCAAUGAAUUCUUCGUUUCGUAAGAAGUAUCGAUCGUGCGUAACAUCGGAUACUUGUAAUACUCCUAUGAAAGAAAAUUUGUCGGAUCAAGAAGAUUUAUCAACAGAUGUGGAAUCGAAUACAAAGGACGUUAAAAAGUCGAGAAUUAAAGUGGAAAAGGAAGAGAUGACUGUUUCAGAAACGAAAAAAAGCAGACCGUACAAUCUCUUUAAAGGAAUGAAGCAAGAGAAGGUGUGUCAAAUAUGCGAACAAACUGGAAAAUUGACUAGAUGUAAAGGACCUUGCUAUUCGUAUUUCCAUUUGUCUUGUGUCAAACCUGGUGAAUCCAGUCCAGAACAUUCCAUUGACGAGAGCACAAUGGACGAUAAGAUACUCGAUGAUAUUAAGGAGAUUAAACGAAAUAAUGUCGACGAGGAUGACAGUAGCGGUAAAACUGAUGAACAAGAAGACGAAUUAUUCAAAUGCAUCGAUUGUUUGUCAGGUGUAGCACCUGCAUGCUUUAUAUGCAAUGAAAGGGAAGGAGACAGAAUAAGGUGUUCUGUAUUAGCCUGUGGAAAACAUUAUCAUUCGUCUUGCUUGAAGUCGUGGCCACAGUCUCAUUGGCAAGGAGGUCGAUUGACUUGCUCGUAUCACGUGUGUCACACGUGUAGUUCGGAUAAUCCUCAGGACAGUCAUUCGAGAACUCCUAACGAAAAGUUGGCACGAUGCGUUCGCUGUCCUUCGUCUUAUCAUACAUCUACUUCUUGCUUGCCCGCUGGUUCGGUGAUUCUGACUGGCAGCCAAAUAGUUUGUCCAAAGCAUUAUCAAGCCCCCCAUCCCCCAGUAAAUGCGGCAUGGUGCUUUUUAUGCACAAGAGGAGGAAGUCUUAUCUGUUGCGAUACCUGUCCAACAUCUUUUCAUCUUGAGUGUUUAGGGAUUGACGCGCCGGACGGUGCGUUUAUUUGCGAAGACUGUGAAACUGGCAGACUGCCUUUAUACGGAGAAGUUGUUUGGGUUAAACUUGGUAACUAUCGCUGGUGGCCAUCUCGGAUCUGUUAUCCUCACGAAAUUCCUGAAAAUAUAGAAGCUAUACCCCAUAGCUCUGGUAAAUUUUGCGUAAUGUUUUUAGGAUCGAAUAAUUAUUAUUGGAUUCACAGGGGUCGCGCUUUUCUUUAUCAAGACGGCGAUGCAAAUAUAAAACCACCAAUCGGUAAAAAAAAUAACAGAGACGAUACUUACCGGAAAGCGUUAGAAGAGGCCAAUGACAUUCACCAGCGUUUAAAAAUUGAAAGAGCUGCUGCUAAAGACCAUGGACCCCGAGGAUUGAAGCCUCCACCUUAUGUUAAAUUGAAAAUGAAUAAACCGGUUGGUAAUGUAAAGCCGACGGAAGUUGAAAGUAUCGUCGCUUGCGAUUGCGAUGCAGAGUGGGAAAAUCCAUGUGCACCAGGAACGGAUUGCCUCAAUAGAAUAUUGUUGGUUGAAUGUAGCCCCGGUAUCUGUCCGGCUGGUUCAAAAUGCAAUAAUCAAGCAUUCGCGAGAAGACAAUAUCCUGCUAUGGAACCGUUUUACACUGUUGCCCGUGGUUGGGGCCUCAGAAGUUUAGAACACAUUAAUGCAGGACAAUUUGUUAUCGAAUACGUAGGUGAAGUUAUAGACGAGGCUGAGUACAAACGAAGACUACAUAGGAAAAAGGAAUUAAAAAACGAGAAUUUUUAUUUUUUAACCAUAGAUAAUAAUAGAAUGAUAGACGCCGAACCAAAGGGCAAUCUAAGUCGAUUUAUGAAUCAUUCGUGUUCACCAAACUGCGAGACUCAGAAAUGGACGGUAAAUGGAGAUACGCGUAUAGGUCUGUUUGCGUUAUGCGAUAUAGAGCCUGGUGAAGAAUUAACUUUUAAUUAUAAUUUAGCUUGCGAUGGAGAAACUCGAAAGCCCUGUCUGUGCGGUGCGUCAAAUUGUAGCGGAUUUAUAGGUUUAAAGGUACAGAAACCGCAAGUAACGACUCCAUCGAUCCAUCAAAAAAAAUUUGAGAAGAUUGACAAAAUGAAACGUCAAAAGAGGUCGAGGAAACAUUCGGCGUGUUGGAGUUGUGGACAAGAAAUCGAAAAGUUAGACGACUUUGUGGUCUGUGAUCAGAAGACAUGCAAUAAAAAAUAUCAUAAAGCUUGCGUAGUCAUCGACGACGAGGAUUCUCGAUUUAGUUGUCCGUGGCAUCAUUGUACAGAAUGUGGACGUAGAACAUCUGCGCAUUGUUCUUUCUGCAGUGCUGCCUUUUGUCAAGUGCAUUUGGAGGGAAACCUGUUUGAAUAUGGCGAAAAGGGUGGUUUCGUGUGUAAGCUACACGAAAAUAUGGAAAUACAGAAAUCAUCUGUCGAAGACGAAAAAGAUUAUUCGGAUAACGAUACCGAAACAGACAGAGAAUAUUCUUCCACGGGGUCCAAUAGCCCGCUCGUAGUAAUGGAAAAAGCUGUACCACGCGAACCGUCACCGAGAGUUUCCAUAGUGGAGGUUCAUCCAAGCAGCGAAGAAAGUGAAGAAUCUCAAAAAGAGGAUGACGAGGAAGCAAUACAGUCUGCUGAGUUUAUGCCGUGCGAGUACAGCUCAAAAAACACGAAGAGAAAAACAUUGCACCGAUUGUCUCUGAGACUGAGGGAAGAGGAAGAUCAGGUAGCAGAGUUAAAUAACCUUACGUCUAGUCAACUGGAGGCCAUAAUCGGUGGCAGUUUGUACGAGUGAACCUUUAGUUCUCGUCAAAUAGGUUCGAAUAGCCAAAUAUAUUGCAGUUCGUGUAUCACUUCCAUGAAAAAUCACAAUGU